UCACAUCACAUCUCACAUCACAUCGCACAUCGCAUUGCAUUGCAUUACAUUGCAUUACAUUGCAUUGCCCGUCGCUCCGCAUAUCGCAUCGUCUCCCUUCGAGGCCGAUCCUUGCAUCCUCCGCCACUCCGGCCAAUCGUACAUCCCUUGGGUGCAGCAGUCCCCUGUCCGCCUCGGCUUCGAAAUCCGACAUCCGCAGCCCGUUGGAUUCUGGCUGGCUCCCGCCGCAUCGGCCAAUCGACAGCGCUGCUAUUCCCAGUCCCCUCGCCCCUUCGAGCCCCUGGCUUCACGGCUUGAUCCCUACUCCAUCCGCAGAGUCCCAAACACCCAUUUCCUCUCGCCACAGCAAGUCCCCAACAAGCCAACUCUGCUGCUCGCCCGCUCCCGCACGUCGAUUAUCCCAAGCGCAUCCCUCGCCCCCACCUGCAUCUAAAAGAUGCAGAAUCAGCAGCCCCAUAUCGUUGCCGACUUCCAAAUUGAACAUGAAAUCGGACGGGGCUCCUUUGCCACCGUUUAUCUGGCCCACCACGUCUCCAAAACGAGCCACAUCGUCGCCAUCAAGGCCGUGCUGAGGGAGAAGCUCAACCGCAAGCUUGCCGAGAACCUCGAGACCGAAAUCAAGAUCCUCAAGGGCAUAUGCCACCCAAACAUUGUGUCGCUCCUGGAUGUUGUCAAAACGGCAAAGCACAUCCAUCUGCUGAUGGAGUAUUGCUCCAUGGGCGACCUCUCGACCUACAUCAAGAAGAAGGGCCUGGUCGCCGACCCCUCCCGCCCCCAGGUUCUCGAGUCGCUCGUCAAGUACAACUAUAUGCUCAGCCCCGCGGGUGGGCUCUGUGAGGUCGCCGUCCGUCAUUUCCUGCUACAGCUUGCCUCAGCCCUGGAGUUUUUGCGAUCCCAGAGCCUUAUCCAUCGCGACCUGAAGCCCCAGAAUCUGCUGCUCACCCCGGCUGCCGCACAAGCAACCAACAUCGAGCUUCCCAGCCCACUGAACCCGGCCACCGUCAUCUCUGUUCCCCCGCUGCCGACCCUCAAACUCGCCGACUUUGGAUUCGCCCGCCCGCUGCUCCAGCAGUCGCUGGCAUCGACGCUGUGCGGGUCGCCUCUGUACAUGGCGCCCGAGAUCCUGCGUGGCGACCGCUAUGAUGCCAAAGCAGACCUGUGGUCGCUCGGCGCCGUCCUCUACGAGAUGAUCGCCGGCCGACCGCCUUUCAAAGCCCAGAAUCAUGUCGAGCUCCUCAACAAGAUCGAUCGUGGAGAGGGCACCAUCAAAUUUCCGGGAGAGGAGGGCUGGAUCCAGUCUGGCCGAGGCACACCGCCCAGUGUUACCAAGAGAGCAUCAGUCUCUGCGCUGUCCUCAGCAGCGUCGAGCCCGAACCGAGUCGGUCCGAACGAUCCCGCCUUGCGCAUCUCGGGCUCUGCCCCGAUUCACGUCGCUGAAGAUCUCAAGGACCUCGUGAGGCGGCUGCUCAAACGGAACCCGGUCGAGCGGAUCAGCUUUGAAGAGUUUUUCAUCCACCCGGCCGUCAUUGCCUUCAAGGUCGAGGAAAGCACGAGCGUCUACCAGUCGUUCGUCGACCAAGCGCACUCGUCCAUGUUCCGCACCGACCGCUCCGCGUCCGACUCCUCCAGCGACGGCACUCAUCCGUAUCCCAAUCCCAAUCUCGCGCCCCAGACCCCCAAGCGCCAGCCAUUCCAUAGCGGCGGCCCGCUCCCCGAUGCCUAUACCCCCGGUGGCAUAAUUGGCCCAAUUUCAGGCACCACCAUCCAGCCGUAUCAGAUGCUCCCACCCAAAACCGGGCCAGCCCAGGCGAUCGACAGUCCGUCCAGCGACCCGCACCGGUCCUCGACUGGCACAGGCUAUCCUCCUGGGCCUUCGUUUGCUCAGCCAGUAUCGUCGCACUCGCCUGUCCCAAAGGUCGCCUCGUUUGACCGAAUGCAUGACCCGCGUAUCUCGGGCGACGGCUCCAGUAACCUCGGACCCAUCUUGGAAAGCAACGGCACCUUCACUGGAGGUCCCAAGUCCAGGAUAGCCUCGCAGCCGGACUUGGCCGAUGAUGCUCGUGGUGUCUCGCAACGGCCGGCUGUAUUCCAGCCCCAGGCCGCGACCGCAGCUCCGGGUAGUCCCGCCGGACCCAUCAUGGGCUUUCGACCCAUCCCGUCGCCAGCACCUUUCGAGGACCAGCUGCCGUUCUCGUCCCACCACUUUGGGUAUGCGCACGAUGCCGCCAAGGCUGGACAGAGAUUCGCAGAGCCGCCGUUCCCAGGAUACGUCUCCCCCGAGCCCCGCCCUACGCCUCCGGAACAACGGCGCUUCUCACCCGAGUCUCGGCCGACCCUGUCGAGCACUCCCCCUGAAGCUCGGUCGGAUCCCCUGCGCACCCCGCCAUCCGAACGAGCCCGCUCGGGCACGAUGACACCGACUAUGCCAACGACACCAACACCUCGCAGUGAUGGAUGGCUGUCCAAGCAGCCCGUGUCGCUCCCGCACAUCAACACCUCAACCCCCUCUACUCCGACACCCAGUCGCCGGAAUACCCCGCCAUCGUCCGCUGGCGAGCUGAGAGCCAGGUUAGGACAGCCCCAGGUGACCUCGGACGAAGACGCCCAGUUCUCGAUCUCGUCCCUAGGCUCGUUUGAAAUCAGCGAGGACGAGUUUGAGACGUCCCAAUCGGACAGCACUGCGAACCGGCACAGUCAUCCCACCACGCCCACACGGCUGUUUCCGCCAAAAUCCGGUGGGCCAAACUUGCCAUCUGGCGCAGCUCCUCCUGCGACUCUGUCCGAUGCCGUCGGUGUUGCAUCUGCAGCAACCAAGCUCUCGACUGGGAACCGCAUGGUGAUCAUUGGGGCGAAGAAGCCGUCACAUACCAAGUCGGUCAAGUCGCCGCUUGCCUCACCGAGCACGGCUUACCCCAGUGAUAGGUCCUCGACGCCGGACAAGCCAGAGCUGGACUCGCUCUCGGCGUCUCUGGAUGACUAUGUCGUUAUCGACAAUGACCAGGAAAUUCAGGUCAACUGGAUCGAUACCGCCGACAAGAACGACCAACCUGAGCCGGCGGCAGUUGUUCCCGAGCAUGUGGCGCCGCCAGUCCACCCCGAAGGCGGUCUGCUGCGGCACAGGUCACUGGAAAGAGUCGUCGCAGAGUUUGCAUCAAUGCCCAAGACUCAGACAAGCACCGCUGCGGUUUCGGGCGGCCCUGCCAUUGGAAACAUCAUCCCAACUUCGAUUACCUCCGUGUCCACGUCGUACUCGAGAGCUGGUUCCUUCGCGGGCUUCCCUCAAGAAGCCAACAUUGGCCCCAUCUAUCAGCCCCUCUCCAACAAAAGUACGCCAGUCUCGUCGCUCCUGGUAGACACACACAUCAAGAAGCUGGAGCACCACUAUUCGCUUCUGUUCUCGGCGCUGUUCGUCAGUUCGUGGCGCGCCUAUGCGGUGCAUUCGUAUGCCAAUGAGAUGUUUGAAUCGCUACGCCAGCUCCUGCAGUCCCACGCUUCAACCCGUGGCGCCAGCGGCGUGGCAGCGAUGGCGCAGACCUCCGAACAGCCGGUACUGGGCAUGUCCAAGGUGGCAAUCGAGCAUCAAGUACGAGCACACGAGGCGCUUUCGCUGUACUUGCUUGCGUUGGAACUCUACCAGACCUCCAUCGAAUUCACUCGGCUCAUUUUCGAGUCCGAACAGCGUCGUCAGCAAGAGACGACACAGUCGAGCACAACCGUCAAUGUCCCGAUCGGAGUGACUCAAACAAGCCAAGAGUCCGCCAAGUGGGUCCAGCUCGGCCAUCUCAGCGAAGCGGUGGAGUGGCUCCGAGCCAUGUUCAAUCAGUGCCUUGAUCGAGCAGAGGUCGUGCGCGAAGUGUCGAUGGAGAGCAUUGACGUCAACAUCGAGAUGAUCAGCCGUGGGGUCGAGAAGAUCAUUUACGAGCACGCUCUGGAAGUUGCCAAGCAAAGCGCAACCUUGGAGCUAGAGUCGCAAAGCCUGCCGCAGUAUCGUCUGGCGCUUUCGGGCUAUCAAACUGCCAUCUUGCUGAUUGAGUCUCUGCUGAUCAUGGCCCGGCCACAAGCCAAGUUGUUUACAAGCGAGGGGACCGAGGGGGGAACCGGGACCGAUCGACUUGAGGGUGUCGCCAACAAGCAAACCGACAAUGCAGGCCACAAUCCGGCGUCAUCCGCCGAGGGGCAGAGCCAACGACUGGAUCAUACCGGCCGCACACCGACAAACGCGCCGGGCACCGAGUCGCUCACAUCGUCUGCUGUCGUGGCGCUGACGCCUGAUGACUGCCGGGACCUGGAACGCGUGAUCUUGAAGAUGGAGCUGAGACUCAAAAGCUGCGAGAUCAAGGUCAUGGAUAUGAGUGAAACUCGGAAGAGCGGCUGAGCAUCCGCGAUUCCGAGCAUCGGUGACUUUGGUGGCUGAAACCAAACGUUCUUUGUUUCGACAACGGAAACACUUAUUAUCGGAGACCAAUCUUGCAGUUUCGGCUCCGUGUAUAUGUAUACGAACACACCAGCUAGUGGAGUGGUGAAGAACCUGUAUUUCCUCGAUGAACUCACUGAUCAAUAUCACUUGAGUGAGAUACUUGGG